AUGGAUAAUUGUCAUCAUGAGACCGAAGAGCUAUAUAAUUAUUACAGAACUCAGACACCCGCUCAGUGGCUGGACAACAGUUGCCUGGAAAUAUCCGUGGCCGAGAAACAACAAGAAUUUGCGCAAAGGUUGGCGCUCCAAGCCGAUCGACUGAUAGGUCGGUCCAAUGAAUCGGUGUUGAAAAAAGAAUCGGAAGUCGAUCACCGGUCCAAAGUAACGGUCAAAGACGUGGAAUACAAGUGUGAUGAGAUCGAAAAGCAAAAGCACAAUGUCGUGGAAGAAAUCGAUUUGCUGGUGGCCUGCCAGAAGCGCAUCGAAUACGUUAUCAACAAUUUUAGUGCCGAAGCGCUCGACGCCAUUGCGGAGUGUCUUAGGCUAAGGUAAGCGGGCAUAUAAGUAGGUACAGAAAAUCAAACAUCCAAUCGAUUAAUGAACACAUAUAACAAUUCGAAAAAAAUUAUUGUACGCGUAUGUAUCCAGCGCGACGGCAGUGGCGCGAAACUAAGUAGAAAAAAAAAAAUAGCGUAGUAGCCACUAACGUAUAGUAAACCGAGUUGUACCAUUUGAAAACCGUACUAAUUUAUGUGUUAAUCCAUCGGCCGGUUCUACAGGCCAAACGGCUAAACCUAUAAGGUCAUAUAAGGUGUCAAUCGAUCGGAAAUAUUAUGCAGAUGGGAACGACGGAAGAACUCGCGAGCAGAUUGGUUUGGUGGAUUAAAAGUUACAACCGAAAAAUGUUCAGGUACUUUCAAAUCCGAUUUUCCGUAAUCGACGAAAACAUCGUAAAAUAUCUGCACUCGUUGCUGCGGCGACGACGACGUAAAAUAUAAUUGUCCCCCGAUCGGCCGGUUGUCCAUCCCGCUGCUUUCGUUGCUACGACGACGACGACGACGCCGUUCCCUGCUCUGUCAUUAGGUUUAUAUUUAACGACCAGUUUCGAAUUCAAAAUUCAUCUACAGCUUUAACAAAGUCAAAUAACAUCGCGACUUUUUUUUUUUUUUUUUUUUUUAAAUAGCUGCUAUCAAAUCGAAAACAAUGCGUUAUAACGCCGUGUAAAAAAAAAGCCAAGUUAAAAAAAAUUAAAUUAAGUAAUAAUUCAUAAAUUCAUAGGCAUGAGAAGGCCUCUUUUUCAGGGUAUGCAGAAGGCUGCCACUAGCGCUCUUAAAAGUUAUUUUUAAGCUCGUAAAACACUAAUUAAAAAAUUGACACAAAUAUUGAAAUGCGUCUUACCAACUAUUCAAUUAAAAAUGUAAUUUUUACUUAAAAUUCAAAUUGAAUUGCGACAUUUUAUCUACUUGGUAAAUAUAUAGGUUAUUUUUUGAUUUUCGAGACGGCAUUUAAAAUAGAAACGAUUGACUAGGUAAACAAUUUUUUAACGAUUUUUUCACAAUUUUGUUAUUUUAAAUAAGUACCUACUACUUUCUUAGCACAAAUAUGGAUCCAUUUGAAAAAUAACAACAAGAUACCAUAUUUUUGUUGUAUUUUUUUUUUUUUUAAUAAGCGUUUUGAAAUCAAAUUUAAACGAAAAACGCAAAAAAAAUGACUGCACACAAAUUAUGUAUUACCGAACUGCGCUCGGAAUUUUCUUUCGUCAGCAAUGGUUUAUCGUUGCUUACAGAUAUAAAUGAAAUAACCGUAUGUAUCCUACCUUCCCAAUUUCCCACCUACUCCAGUAUCAGCUCUUUUUUUAUACACGGAGUUAUAACGAAGUGUUUUUGGUGUGAUAUUUAUAUAUAUGUAUAUAUACAUAUGCAUACAUACAGAAAGUGUCGGGCAAGCAUAGACUUGAUAUUCGACAACGUCGAAGAGCAACUGAUACGAGAACGCGAACUGAUCUUGAUUGUCAAACUACAGCUAGAAGAUUUAUUCGACAAAGUUAUGAUACAGAUCAGAAAACUAAGAAAGUUCGAUGUCGACUUGGGCGAGGAUUUACACGGCAAACUGGAAACGUUAAAAAUUGAAAAUCACGGCAGAACGUUCAACGAAAAAAACAUCGACCUAUGCAUUUUGGACGAUCAACACGUAAUCGAAGAGGCGUAUGGUUUUUUUUUUUUUCUUAUCCAAAUUAUUAUUAUUUUGCAUUACAUACUAUGAAACGUCCAUUGACGGUUGUUUUCUUCCAGGAAAGUAUCCCUAACGAAUUGGAACCGUUAUAGUACGGAAUUAAUAUUGGCGGCCAAUCAAGCACUAGUCGAAAGUCGGCCCACUCGCGUGAGUUUCGACAAUAUUUCCACUAAAUUGAUCGCCGACUUAGCGGUGCAAGCGGAAGUGGUUAACAAAGCUAUUCGUUUGCGAGUGGUGGAUUAUCAAGAAGUGAUAGUAAAAUUGAAAACCCAAAGGGCCGAGGUGAUAAAAUAACGAUAUAAUAGGCGAUAAUAUGUUAUAAUGACAGUCCACAUAAGUAUGGGGGAAGAAAAGCGAGUUGUGAUCAUUUUUUUUUUUUUUUUGGUUCUUUAAUAAUUAAUACAUACAAGUUUGCGUUCAAAUUUGACACUAAAUAGGUGUAGUAUGUUAUUAUAAUAAUUCAGAUAAUAUUCUAAACUAAUUCUAAGCGAAGAUAUGUAUAGCGUAUGAAUGAAACUGCUCGUAUUUUGAUUUCAUUCAGUCUCAUCCGGUUUCGUUUGUUAUAGUCACGAGAUGCGUGGUCGGAGAGUUUAUUUAUAAGUUAUUUAAUAACGAAAACGAAAGAGUAUAACCGAUAAAUUAAAGUGUGUAUACACCCAUCCGGAAUUUUAAAAUUAAGGGACGAUAUGAUGAGAGCCGGACGGAAAAUUCUACCAGUCAAACGGUUUAUAAUAAUGGACGUGACACUCGUCUACGAUCCGAUUAACUGUUCAUAUAGAGAGUGAUAGUUGGAUAGCAGAGAGUAUCCAUGACUCACGAGAGGGCGCGGUUUAUAACUUUAAUAUUUUUUGAAAUAUUAUAUUAGAUAAAAAUGUACAGCAAAAUGAUCACUCGCUUUUUUCCCGUGCCUUGGUCCGCGCGCGCGACAUACUCACCUACACGCAGAGUAAUCAAUAUAACGUAAAAUACUCAUUAUCUCGGAAAAAGUAUUGAUUUUUUUCGGAAUUUGUUUUUCGAAACUGUAAGCGAUAAGCGAGUGGCUCUAUAUGAAAUUUCACGUUCCCGUUGUUUUCUGUUGACUUUUUUUGGGAGGGAACGAAACAAUUACCUACUUUUAAUCGAUCAAAUGGAUGGAUUAGUUAUUAAAAUACAUUUUGGAGUUGGCAUUUUCGAUUUCCGUCAUCCCGUUGACGAGAUAUUCCAGUUUGAAAUUUGUAAUACUAUUUAAACGCCGCGCGCCUACUGCUACACAAAUUAUAAUACAUAUACUCUCCCGCUGCAGAAAAUUAGAAGUAGAAUGUGUCGACAUCGGGUUAACGUUCCGAAACUUAACUCGAUUAAAACUAAUACUUCAACUUUUUGUUGAAUUUUUAACCUAGGUAAUUGGGUUACCGUUUAAAAACCAAAAGAAAGUAGUGAUUUCACUCCGGAAAAUAAAGGCAAUGUAACUUUUAGAGCGGAACAACAUAAAAAUAAAAAAUCAAUAAAUAAAUACUUUCCGAGAUAAUGCGUGUCGUUGUGUUGAUUAUUUGUCGUUAUAUGGAUAUACCUGCUCGGUAUUAAGCUAUUGGAUUUUCGCAGAUCAUAAAGAACUUGAAAAUCGUCGAGGAGUCGAUUGAAAAACUUCAUAAGGCCAUCGACGAAAAAGCCACACACAUAGCGUUGGUGACCACGCGAUUAUUAAAUCGGAGUCACCGCGAAGGGAUAAACUUGUGCCGGGACGAACUGGAAGUAAAACUGCGCGAAGAAGAGACCGAGUUAUUGGACGACUUGAAUAAUUUAAAAACGCUUUUGACCGAGAGUGUCACGUGCCACCGACGGCUCGGACAGUCGAUUGCCCGUAUCGACGCACAGCUGCAGGUCAAAGAAAAUUCGUUAAAAAUCGACAACGUACUGUGUCUCGAACAACGAAAACGCAUCAACUAUGACAAUAUUUUUUAA